GUCACAUGAUCAUUUUAAUUCGCGUUCAUCCGGGAAGAAAAUCAGAUGGCGCUGAAAAUCGUUUCCACAUUUCUGCGCAUUUCCGAGAGGAGAUAGCCGCCCUUUCUUUGACAAUAUACAUAGAAAAUAAACAAGAAAAUAAAAAAAAUGCAGCGUCUAAGAAUUCAAGUUGUUCGUAAUGUCUUGGGUACCAAGACGUAUACCACUGUACCUGCACAGGAGCAAGUGGUAUCUGCCAUGUUUAAAGUUCAAGAUCCCAAAGAUUUUGAUGAACGUGUUAAGAACUCCAAAGUACCUGUCAUUGUGGACUUUUUUGCAACAUGGUGUAAUCCAUGUCGUAUGUUGACUCCGAGAAUAGAAACAGUUGUUGCUGAAAAGCAAGGGAAGAUAUUAUUAGCCAAAGUUGAUAUUGAUGAGAACACAGAUCUUGCUCUUGAUUACCAUGUUGGAUCUGUACCUGUACUUAUCGCGAUGAAGGAUGGAAAGGUCCUAGAAAGAAUAGUUGGUCUUCAAGAUACUGAUAAACUUAGACAAUUUGUUAACAAGUAUGCAGAGUAAUGUAGCUAAAAAUUAUGUAAAUUACUUUUAAGAUGGUAGCAGUUUGUUAAUUCUUGUACAGAGAAUUUGUAUGUGAUGUGCUUCAAAUUUUGCAAUUAUAUUUAUAGUGAAUUUUUUUUAAUUGUUGAGUAAAUAAUAUUAUAUGAACAGAUGUAUCUUUCAAUUCGUCUGCAAAUUUACAAGAUUUCAAUUAGUAAAAUAAUAUAGAUUGCAAUUUUUAAAUAUACACAUUCUUUUAUAUAAUACAUUAUUAAAUAAAUUUAAUCCAAUUCAACAAAUUAUACCAAGUAUAUAUCUAAGUUAUGUGUGUAUGUAUGACUCCAGAUUAGUUAAUUUUUAAUGUCCAAGUUAGCCACAGAAUAUCAUUAACAAUAAAAACAAAUCUUUUUCUU